UGAGUUUGUAACAUAAAUGUAGACAAGUUGAAGACGUGUGAAUACUUUUACAUGGCACAGCAUAUGGGGCGGUCACUGAGUGCUGAGAUGAUCAAUCGGAAGUUUUUAUGAAUUGUUACACAAUUUGAAAUGAAGUUCAAACAUGACAAACGCGUCCUGUCAGAUUAUAUGCCACAACAGCCUUCCAUACCCUUCCGUUUCCACGCUGCUUUUGCGUCAGCGUCGUCUGGGUCUCCCUCUGGGAUCUCAGGCUGUGAUGGCGGAGGUGGACGACACCGACAUCAUGAUGAACUUCCAGGGUGAUUUCCCGAAAAGCGGCAGGAAAAGCUGCCGCUACCCUUACUGCAUUGUCUGGACGCCUAUUCCUAUUUUAUCGUGGGUGCUCCCCUUCAUUGGUCACAUGGGCAUCUGCACCUCUUCAGGGGUCAUACGAGACUUUGCGGGAUCUUACUUUGUCUCGGAGGAUAACAUGGGGUUUGGUCGACCCACAAAGUACUGGAGGCUCGAUGUGGAUAAAGUCUGUGGUAACGGUGCAGCAACGUGGGACCAAGCAGUGCACGACGCAUCGGAGGAAUACAAAUGCAGGCCGCACAACCUGUGCAUGGAUAACUGUCAUUCCCACGUCGCGAUGGCUUUAAACCUGAUGCGGUAUGACAACAGCUCAUCCUGGAACAUGGUGAACCUCUGUGUGCUGUCCUUCAUUCAUGGGAAGCAUGUGAGCUGGGCAGCUGUCCUGAAGACCUGGCUCCCCUUCGUCAUGCUCUGUGGGGUCCUCGCCACGUUCAUCCUGACUCUGAACCUACAGUAAUACAGCGAGCGGCACCAGGAGAGGGCUUUAGUGAUGCUGUAUACACUGUCACUGACAUGAAUGGCGUGUGUUUUGAUGGGACGUUCGCAAAAAUAUCGAAUGGAACGACUCGUUAUGUUGAAUUUAAGGAGCUUACUUGUUGUUUUCAAAGGAUUUGUAUCAUUAUUUUUUGCAGCUUUACCUUAUCAUUUGUGUCCAGUGUUGCAGUUCCCGAUAGUUUUAUUAAAUCACAUGUGCAAUAUCAAAAAAAUAUAUAAAACAGCAUAAAGGAGGGGGGUGAAAGGCACAGUUCUGCUCAGAACGCAACCAAAGGUUGCAGAAGAGUGAUAAUUUAAACCUGGAAUCCCCAACCCUGACAUCAGCACGUGGCGCAAUGUUCACCUAGUACAAAAGCAGCAAUGGCAAAAUUAACAGCAAAAGUUUGAGAUCAUAAAGUGAGGAAGUACAUAGGAAUUUAUUCAUUGAUUUAUCCAUUGAACUGUGGGAAGUCAGGUGACAUUUUACCUGUGAGCAGCAACUUGGAGACCUACCAAACAGGGAUUUACCCAGGGAUUUAAAAGCUUUCUGAGAGUAUAUUUUCUCUGCAGUAGUGAACGAAUGCUAGUGGUAGAAACUGUAAUGUGAAACACUAACAUUCAGGCAGCCUUCAGACAAAUGUAAUUUCUACUUUGGUUCUGGCCAACAUUGUUUCUUGGAUGUGCACAGGCAUCCAUUCGCAUGAUCCUCCAAACAACUCACCAGAAUAGCCUACUUUAUCUCGCCUUUAUCCAUAUAGUCAGCUUGUGUUUACUAUAUUACUUUAAUAUAGUUAUGAAAACAUUACUCUGAGGACAGCAUCUAGCUCUGUCUGCAGUUAUUUAGCACCCAACAAAAUGUUUAUCCCUAAAAGUCACUUGAAAUUAUUACUAAUGGGUGGAGGUGAAAAUGCUGAUCUGUAACCAAGACUACAGCUGCAGUCAAGCACUCUUGUGUAAAGAUACGAGUGAAGUAAAUAUCACAAGUAAAGUACACGGAAAACAUUUGAACAGACAGAUUAAUCUGUGGACUUUAGCACAAGUUUUGACUAUCAGUACAUUAAAAAAAUAACUAGGAUCUAAAGAUAUAUAAAGAUAUUAAGGAUAUUAUAACUAAAAUCAAGGAUUAUUAUUAUUACAAGCAGUGGCCAAUUUAAAAAGCGUAUUUGCUUACCUGAUAAACCUUAUGCUGUCCAAGCUUUGGCAUGAACUGUGCUGUGUGGCCAUCUCUCAUCUCUGGGUUGAAAUCAGAUCCCGAAUAUUUCAUAAUGCUGGGCCAAACAGUGUUUUCAGUGGAGAAACUGUUUGUUUUUUUGUUUUUUGUUUAAAUUAAUCUUUUUUACUUCCAACCCUCUUCUUCCCUGCAGAAAUCAUCUCUUUAGCAGAUGUGCUCACUCUGUCUGUUUUUGUGUGUUGCCAGUAAGAAUCUAUUCAUUCAAUAUAUUUCUGUAAAUUUUUUAUGAAGAAGUCAGUCUUUGUCCUCAGUAUAGGAGUAGUCCAACAGACUGGCUUAAGAAAAUACACUUUAAUUCAUAAAUAUUUGCCUCCUAUUUCUAGGAGGGGAGUGGCUUUAAAUGCUUUUGUGUUCUCAAAACGUUCUUUUAAAAUAAUUUAUCUGCUAUAAAAAGCUGGUUAUUAUUUAUUUAAGUCUUAUAUUUUCAAUAUUUAUUAAUCUUACAGCUCUAAAAUGUGACAUCUGCCCUUUAUGUAACAGUUUUGGUUUGUUUUGGUACGGUACAAUACAGAGUCUGCUAAUCUUUUCUCAUGGUCGUAAUUUUUUAAAGGUUUUGUUAACCUAUAACAUGCUGUAUGCUUCACUUUCUCUAUAAUACCCCACUGGGGAGCGGUGAGAUGCAUUUUUCAUGAGCGACAGUGAUGAAUCCGUUUCUGCGGCGCCGAAAGUUGACUCCAGUGAUGAAUCGCUAUAAAAUGACUUUGAAAUCUUAAUGCUGACAGUUCUCAUCAGUUCUUUUGUGAGUGAGAUGUGAGUCGCUACCAAAGAUAGAAUGAUGUGGGGGGAAAAAAACUUGGGAGUGUCCUUGUCUGAAUUUGUCUAAAUUAUUUAUUCAUUUAUUUGCAAGCAAAUACUGAAUGCUCUCUUAACUUUGCAACCUGGAAUGUCACUGGAGCAUUCCAGGACUAUGAUCAGAUAUGUGUAGGUGGAAAGCUAUCCACCUACACAGCUACUGUUUAAGAAUUGUUGUGUAUAUAUUUUUUUGUAUGUUUCGCAAGUAAUUGUGGAUAUUCUCCCACUGUGUCCUCUGUCAGAUGGUUGUGUAGGUCAGUGGCUGUGGGCGCUCUAGUCUAAUCGUCCUCUGUACCUUUAAGGGAACCACAUACCUUUUUUUAGCAAGCAGAUUCAGUUCGAUAGGAGCAACCAUCAAUUUGUGGGAACCCUUAUUCCCACAGUGGAGCAGAUGAGAAGGCACUACUGCUGGAACAAGCAGCCCUUGCCACUAAUGCAGCUUCAGUUUAGCAUUUGAAGGAACAGGUCAAAUUUUUCUCUGCUGUCAUUUUCAUCUGCAACUUCUUUGUUUCCAACUCUGCAGACAUGUGCAUUUUGGCAGCUUGUGUUUUUCUAGGAGUUCUCCUUUUACUUGCACCCUCGCAGUGCUUGGCGUGUCCUUUUGGCUGUGAAUGUUUUGCGGUCACCCGCACGGUGAAGUGUGUCUCUAAGGAUCUGCUCGUAGUGCCACAAAACAUUCCAGGAUCUACCCGGAAUGUCAUCAUCACAGGGAAUAAUAUACAUCAAGUCGGACCAGAUUCGUUUACAGAACUCCAGAAUGUCACUAACGUCAUUUUAAGCAAUAACAGGUGAGAAUGUCGGUGUCAUGUUUUUCAGUUGUGUAAUUGAUAUUUGGUUAAUGUAACUAACUUUGUUGGUGUGUGUAUAUAAUAAAGAAAUAAUGGCUUUU